AUGUUGGAUGACGACUUCAUCCCACGAGAUCUGCAGGAAAAUAUCAUGUCUGUGAAUGUGUCAGACGGUCAUGAGCGCGACGGUUACUCAAUCUACUUGGAUAGUGGUAACUAUGAGAAUGAUCUCCAAGUUGUACAAGACACUCAGCUGGACGUGGAUAACAAUUCACCGCCGAUAACUUCCUCUGUCCCCAUAAAUAUUAACGGUGAACGACCCCGACAGGCACCCCUUGGAUGCCUUGCUCAGUGUGAUCUCCGAUCAAUCAGCACUGUUCCCCCCAAUGCACACAUGGGGGUCCCCACGCGCAACUCCGAAACCUCAGCCAUUGCGCAAUACCCAGUCAGUCGACCUUUCCCCUGGUCGACUGGUAUAACGCUCCUAGUAAUUCACUCCUACGAGCCAGCAUGGAAGGAUAAUGGAUUCUGUUCGGGUCCCACGCAGGAGAUUUUGCGCUCCAAGGCGGCAGUUCCUUAUCACGGCAGUGGUAUUUAUUCUUCUGCUGCGGCUGCUCGCCGCGUCAUGGCAGGGGCACCACGGGCUCUCCCUCAACCUCUUCCGCAAUGGGAUACGGGUAUGUGUGACGGGUUCAAUCUCAGCGACCCCGAGCUGGGGAUUCAACCGCGGACAGCUGUCAUCAUGCGCACUUGGCUGAGCAAGCGAUGUAUGGAUGACGACCUACAUUUCAUUCGAGCUAUGAUCAUGGAGCUGGCUCUCCAUUCUGGCGGUGAAUAUGAGGUCGUUCUUUUGGUGGAUUGCAAAGACACUGAAUUGCCAAACUCCAUGGAACCACCGUUGCCAUGGACAAAUCCAAGGCAGAGCAUCCGCCUCGAGAAUUGGGCGAGCUCGCCGUCUUUUUCAACACGAAGAUACUAG